AACGGUAACACUGGUCUCAUGAGCAGGCAGCAGCAAGUUUUGUAGAAAACAUGAAAGAUGGCAGCAGUUGUAUAAAUUUUCAAUUUUAUUUUACAAAAAUUCUUACUGGAGAAAUUUUUUUCUUGCUCCUUUGUGUAAAAAAUACAUGAAAGUGCAUCAAUAAAUUUGGUUUGAAACAAUGUGUUUGCGUUGUAUUAAUAACACGUUAGUCUCUGACUUGUUGAAUAAUAUUUAAAAUAACUCUUUUCUGGUCUCUGUAACGUGUGUUGUUUAAGUUUAAAUAGGUACCUAAAUGUGUGAGUGAUAAUAAUAUUAUGAUAACCUACACGGUCUUUCUGUAGCAAGUAUAUAAGCGAUUCGACCACAGUUCUGAUGACUAUUGUACUUCAUCAGUUAAACUGUCAAAGGUCUCAAGUGACGGAGUAUUGAUUAUCAGGUAUCGGAAUGUGCGGGUAGGAAUUUGGCAAUGAGAAAAUAAUCAUUAUUGUUUGAUUGCGGUAGUAACCGCACGGUGGUGGUGAUAUGGGUAGCGACACUAACUAAUUACUAGUUAGGAACCAUGGCAUGGCAUGGCAUAUAUUGAUAUGCAGUAGUAUGUUUCUAUCGACAACGGGCCAGUUGUAAUUCUUCAUAUGGGGUUGUGACAGUAUAAUAUUAUUUCCUUUUUAUACAUUUGAUUAUAGUAAACUGCAAGAAAUUGCGACCCGUCUCUCAAAUAUAUUGAUUGAGACAUUAUUGUAGAGAGUAUAGAGGGAGGGUUUGUAGGUAAUGUGUUGUGCUAGUGUGGUAGUGACAGUGCGGUGGUGGUGAGUAGUGACAGUCAGUGAUGCUCGUGAUGCUGAGGCAUGGUGGACGCGGCUGCGGAGCCGGCCGAAGCCGCGGGAAAUGCAGCUACCUCCAGUUUCACCAAGGAGGUAGCGCACGCUUGGGAGUGCCGCAUCGGUCCGCCCGACCAGCCGGCGCCCGCCCACCGAGUGCAGGGCCUCUUCAACGAUAUCGAGCUGUAUCCAACUAAAACGCAGGUUUUUGAAAUGCUGGUAUGCGCACGACAGUGUGCGCGGCGAAAAUCUCUCAUCCUCACAUUUGGAGAGUUCUGCGUUUUCGCAGCAGAACUGCGCCGCUGCUCGAGGCAGACUAGACAAACAUCAAAACCGGAAUCACCUGUUUGGAGCAUAGAAAAAGAAUUUCGGGAUAAGGACUCCAUUUGUAAACAUGUUAACGGCAGCGAGGCGUCGCCACCUCCUUGCGAGGUGUUCCUGGGCGGAUCGUGCAACCCCACCACAUGGAGAUCAGACAUCGCUAUACCUAUGCUUGAAAAGAUGGGCAUCACAUAUUUCAAUCCUCAAGUAGACGACUGGUCGACGGAGUUGAUAGAGGUAGAGCACCGGGCGAAGGCGGAGGCGCGGGCAUUGUUAUUCGUAUUGGACAGCGAGACGCGAGCAGUCGCAGCCAGUGUGGAGGCGGCGCAUCUAGCCGCCGCUCCCAGGGACCUUCUGCUGGUGCUGCGCCCCUACUCGCGCCAUCAGACCAUAGGAUCGGAGACCAUCUCUGACCAGGAAUACAUUGAGCUAUCGCGAGCUCGUGCAACUUUACAAGAAGCGGUAGAAAGGCGAGGGUUGCCCGCAUUCACAGACAUCCCCACAGCGUUACGAUGCGCUCGCACUGUUCUUCGGGGCGCGCGAACGCACCCGCGUCACCCCUUGGGCCACACAAUCCUGCGGCUGAAACGCGCAUACGAUGCAGCCGGCGGCAGAAACGCGCGGUUAACACGCACUAGGGCCGUCGAAGCGCUCAAGGAUGCGACGCGAGUACCGCGCGAAAUUGCGGAACGCUGUUUACCACCGAAUGCGGAUACCAUCGACUUUGAAACGUUUUGUCGAGUCGCCGAGCUUGCUGCUGAUUCAGGGCAAUCACCGCGCACUCCAUCAGGGUCGAGUAUGGCGGCGCGCGUUCGCCGCGCGUUUCGCUCGCUACGUGAUUUGCUCACCUCGUCUACCAUGUCCCCUGACUACCAAAGCCGUAAUGGCACGGAAACGGCAAAUACGGAGCCUGUAUCGCCGAGCGCGGCGGAUCGUGUCUCGAGCUCGCCACGAGAGCACAACCGCUUGCGAGUGCACAACCCUAGGUUACGGGCAUACGGGCAGAAACUCUCCUUGAAGAUCCCUAAGAACGGUGGUAACAGAAGCGGAGUGGAGGAAGGCACGUCGGGCGGCAGCAGCGGCGACUCCGCGUUCACGCCGGGCACGGAGCGGCGGCUGGAGAGGCUUCCCUCCAUGCUGGCUGCGCCCACGCACGAUGUCUACCUCGGCGGAGCCUUCCCUUCGAACAGCACGCGACCGGAAGAAAUCCUGCGACGGGAGGGGUUCACGUACGUGAUACCGCGCGCGAACGACUACACGCGCAUGUUCUCCGCGCCCGCGCGCCGCACCGCGCCCGCGCCCGACUCGCCCUGCCGCGACAAGAAGCCGCGCCCCGACACGCGCACGCCGUCGCCGAGCGCCUCGUCGCCGCCCAGCGACGUGGAGCUGAGGCACAGGACGCCGGACUCGGACCGGCCGGUGGACAGGCUCAGCGCGUCCGAUUACUACACCGUCACGGAGGACGUCACGCCGCAGCCCUUUAAAGGCACGUACGACGAGGAGCAGCUGCUGGGGUCGCGCGUGCUGGUGUUCGCGCUGAGCGCGGAGGCGCCGAGCUUCUCGGCCAUGGUGCUGGCGGCGCACUACAUGGGGCUGCGCGCGCCGCACACCGUGCUGCUGGUGCAGCCGCUCGACCCCGCCCGCGCGCAUCCGUACAGCGAAGCAGCAGUGCGCGAUUACAACCGCGGUCGCCACUACCUCACGGACCUGGCACGGCGAGCCGGCGUGCCCGUGUUCGACGCCGUGGACGACGCCAUGGCGUGCGUGCUCGCGCGCCUGCGCCACACCUAGCGCGCCAUUCACUACGCACACACAACAGUUGGUGCUUCAAACGUUGGAUAGAAGCAGCUGGUCGAUUCAGGAAAAGCUGUCCGUCAUUGAUGCCGUGGACAGUGCGAGCGUGCUCGCGCGCUUGCACCAAACCUGGGCACCAGGCCCUUGACUACGCGCAUACAGAAUAGGUGCUUCAAAUGUUGGAUACAAAUGGUUGUUCGAUUUCGAAAAAGCUGCUCGUCUCUGACGCUGGGGACGAUGCCAUUUCG